AUGGCAACCGAGAUCGAGCAGCCCUUGGCUCUCGGCCAGGGGGCAUCGAUCCCCAGCGCCGGCACGACCCCGACCUCUGCCACGGCCACGACUCCCAACGCACACAUGAAGCAGUCUCCCACCCAGUCCACUUCGAGCGCCAGCGGCCAGUCCUCCGCCUCGAAGCGACCGCCCCGAAAGAGCACCUUGACGCAGCAGCAGAAGAACCAGAAGCGUCAGAGGGCCACGCAAGACCAGCUCGGCGUCCUCGAGGUCGAGUUCAACAAGAACCCGACUCCGACCGCCAAUGUCCGGGAGAGGAUCGCGGAGCAGAUCAACAUGACCGAGAGGUCUGUCCAGAUCUGGUUUCAGAACAGGCGUGCCAAGAUCAAGCUCUUGGCGAAGAAGAGCCUUGAGACCGGCGAGGACAUCGAUUCCAUCCCCGAGUCGAUGCGAGCAUAUUUGGCUAUGCAGGCCAUGGAGUCCGGCAAGGGCCUUGGUGGGAGCUACCUCGGCCGCACCGGACUGCUGCCCUUUGGCCAUGGCGGCAUGCUCCUCGGCGGCGACCAGGGCGCGCAAGGCAAAGUUUUGAUUCAUCAUUUGACCUGCCGGUCGCUCAGCAUCGGAAAAUGGACUCGAGUCGGUCAGAACACGAUGGACCUCAUCAUCUUCUACUCGCCCGACAAGUGCACCAUGACCUACUACAUCAACAGCGACCAGGCCGGCUACAAGAUCGAAUACCCCUUCUCGUACAUCAAAAACAUCUGGCUCGAGAAUAACGAGGGCGACCAAAACAAGCUCGGCGGCAUCGUCAUCGAGCUCAACCGCCCUCCGCAUUUCUUCAUGGACUCAUCGUGCCAGAGCAACGGCUUCCUUCAGGUUGGCGACUUCACCGAAGACCUGCAAGCUUCGCAAUGCAUGAUCCACCACCUCGGCGGCAACCCCAAGGUCCUGACGAACCAGCUGGCCAAGCUCGUCUCGCUCGAAUCCUUCAUGAACCGCCAUAAUCCGCUGUCCUACGGCGACCCCCAUGCGAUUUCGGUGUCUGCCCCGGUUUCACCCACCGCCCGUCCCUCGUCGCAGCCCAGCUUCCCGCAAGCUCACGGGGGCAUGGCGCAGGACCACUGGGGUCUCAACCAGAUGCACUCGGGCAUGCGCAUGCCUCACGGGCACAAGCGACAGCGCAGUCGCUCUGUGCCUGGACCGAUUGACUUUGCCAUGUUCCAGAGCCAGCCGAUGCCGUCCUUCUACAUUCAGCCCCCAGGUGAGAUGGGCCCCCCUCAACACAACCCCAACAUCUAUGCGCCCGUUCCGCAGCAACCUAGCGGCAUGGGGAGCAACCUCCGCAUCGACACGCAGGCCGGCUUCGGACUCGAUAUGCGGCAGUACCCCAUGUCCGCCACGACGGCCUCGCCGUCCGAGUUCCCCCCGAGUCCGGGUUACUUCCAGCCAGAACAGAACAUGCCCAAUUCUAACUUUGGCACGCCCUACGGCGGAGCGUUCCUGUCGCCGAUGGUGAACGCGGACAACGGCGGAGCCGCGGCCGUCUCGCCACUCCCCUUUGGCGGCCCGUCGGAGCCGUCCAUCGUGGAGCAGUCCCCGCCCAUGUCGAUGAUGGGCCGACCUGGGUCCGCCGAGCUGUACACGGGUCACGAAGGCUCAUGUGCGGUGUCCGAUGACGGCCACAGCCUCAACGAAAUGUACUCGAAGCACACCAUCAACCUGCCGAUGCACACGCCUUCUCCGGGCACCUUUGUCCAGCCGUCGCAGCACGGCGAUCUGGACAUGGACCAGCUCGUGCAGUUCGAUGCCGUCGACCCCGCGAGCCUGUCGCCGGAGACGGUGCCCCCGACCACCUGA